UGUUUAUCGUUGCACUGGAAAAUUGGAAUUUAGCUGCCUUUAUCAUUUUAUUAACCUCGGUCCUGUUGGAAUAAACUAUGGUGUUCGUGUGCUCUCUUAGUGGGAUUUCAUAGAGACUGCAGUGUAGACGCAUGUAUGCACUCCCAAUGAAGAUGUGUAGGUAAUAGCCUCACAGCCCUGCAAGACACCAUGUCUGAAGAGGCUCAUUCAGAGAGUGACCUGGACACCAAUCCCAACAGUGAAGAGGAGGAUUUUGAAAAUGAAGAAGAGGAAGAAAAUGAUGACAUGGAUGAGGAUGAGGAUGAAAAUGAUGGAGAUGAUGAGGAUGAUAGUGUUGAACGACCUGCAAGUUCUCACAGCCACCCAGAAUCCUCUGAGUCACCCACAUCUGAGCCUCCAUCUCGGCCUCCUUCACAACCUCCAUCGCAACCUCCAUCACAGCCAUCUUCACGGGCUCCCUCCAGACCUGGCUCCAGAUGUCAACCCCCAAGCCCUGAAAACUCAAAUAAGAACAAAACACCUUCUACCAAAACAAAGAAACCCAAGUCCUCAAGUAAGUCAAAAUCUGCAAAGUCUCCAAAAAGCUCCAAGUCCACCAAGCGAUCAAAGCCUUCCAACAUGAGAAAAAACAUCAGAAAACUAUUGAAAGAAGACCAGCUUGAGGCUGGUACAAAGACUGCUCAACAGGAAGAGAUGGAAAGACGAAAACGUCUGGAGCAGCAGAGGAAGGACUUUCCCACAGCAGCCCCAGUCCUGCCAGAUUCUCAACUAGUUGAAACCACUGCAAUAUUAGGAGAAGUGUCUCAAUUGGUUCCUGAUCUUCUUAGCAAGGAAGAUGUAAUAUGUUUGGAUAGUAGUGGUGAUGAAGACGAGAAUUUGGAACAGAAGUUGCCUGUACUUGCUGUCAGAGAUGAUGUAAUAGAACUGAGUUCUGGGGAUGAAGAUGCUCUACAGAUCAGCAGUGAGUCUGCUGAGGAGGAUGCAGAUGCUGCUGGUUCAGAGGAGAGCAGUGGAGCUCACAUCAACGAUGCACUGAACUUACCUGAUGCACAAGGGCGGGUCCUGGUCAACAUUAAUCACCCUGCAGAAGAAAAAGACAUUUUUCUUGCUCCACAACUUGCAAGGGCUGUCAAACCACAUCAGAUUGGGGGUAUCCGAUUUCUUUAUGAUAACCUAAUUGAAUCUCUGGAACGGUAUAAAACUAGCAGUGGCUUUGGCUGCAUCCUUGCUCACAGUAUGGGACUGGGAAAGACUCUGCAGGUCAUUUCGUUUAUUGACAUUUUGCUGAAGAAUACUGAGGCUCACACUGUACUGGCCAUCGUCCCUGUGAACACGCUUCAGAACUGGCUGUCAGAGUUCAACCUAUGGCUCCCCCCUCAAGAGGCCCUUAGUCCUGACACUGAUCCUGCAAUUUUUACUGGUCGAUCUUUCAAAGUUCACAUUUUAAAUGAUGAGCACAAAACAACCGUUGCAAGGGCCAAAGUUGUAGAAGAGUGGUCAAAAGAUGGAGGAGUAUUACUCAUGGGUUAUGAGAUGUACCGACUUUUGUCUAUGAAAAAGAGUUUUGUGAUGGGAAAGAAGAGGAAGUCAAAGAAGCCUGUGGGCCCAAUCAUCAUUGAUUUGGAUGAGGAAGACAGACAACAAGAGCUGAUGAAAAGUAUUGAAAAGGCAAUUGCGCGACCUGGCCCAGAUGUGGUGAUAUGUGAUGAGGGACAUAGAAUCAAGAAUUACCAUGCAAGCACUUCACAAGCGCUUAAAAACAUCAGGUCGCGCCGGAGAGUAGUUCUGACUGGAUAUCCACUGCAGAACAACCUCAUUGAGUACUGGUGCAUGGUGGACUUUGUCAGGCCAGACUUUUUGGGCACACGGCAGGAAUUCAGCAAUAUGUUUGAAAGGCCCAUUCUGAACGGACAGUGUGUGGACAGCACUCCUCAAGAUGUUCGGCUAAUGCGCUACCGCAGCCAUGUCCUCUACAGUCUGCUAGAGGGCUUUGUACAGAGACGAGGUCAUGAUGUGCUGCGAGAUCAGCUCCCCCACAAAGAGGAGCAUGUAAUUUUGGUGAGGCUGACUCCCAUUCAGAGAGCACUAUACACAGAGUUCAUGAAACGAUUCAGAGAAGCAGGAAACAGUGGGUGGCUUGGACUAAAUCCUCUCAAAGCAUUUUGUGUAUGCUGCAAGAUUUGGAAUCAUCCGGAUGUCCUUUUCGAGGCCCUGCAGAAGGAGAAUCAAGCCAACGAUCAGGAUUUGGACCUUGAUGACAUUACGAACAAUCCUCGCUGCUCUGCUCCUGCUGGCCUUAAAGCCAAAGAUUCAAGUAACAGCAAAGGGAAUGGAAACAAUAACCUUCCACCUCUGAAUCCUUCACAGGAUAAAUCAAAUCAAGUGAUCACUUACGAAUGGGCAAAGGAUAUCAUGUCAAACUAUCAAAGUGGAGUUCUGGAAAACUCUGCUAAGAUGCUUCUGCUGUUCUGUUUGAUUGAUGAAAGUGUAAAAAGACGAGAUAAGAUAUUGGUCUUCAGCCAAAGUUUAUCAACGCUGUCUCUUAUUGAGGACUUCUUAUCACAGCGUCUCAUGCCAGCAGAUGUCUGCCCUCCUGACGGCCUGAACCAUAACUGGGUUCGCAAUAUCAACUACUACAGACUGGAUGGGAGUACUUCUGCUACAGAGAGAGAACGCCUCAUCAAUCAGUUUAAUGACCCAGAAAACAACACAACUUGGGUUUUCCUCCUGUCUACAAGAGCUGGCUGCUUGGGUGUUAAUCUGAUUGGCGCAAACAGAGUUGUUGUGUUUGAUGCCUCCUGGAACCCUUGUCAUGACGCCCAAGCAGUGUGUCGUGUGUAUCGAUAUGGUCAGAAAAAACCCUGCUAUAUUUACCGCCUAGUCUGUGACUUCACUUUGGAGAAGAAAAUUUAUGACCGUCAGGUUUCCAAACAGGGGAUGUCUGACCGUGUGGUGGAUGACCUAAACCCAGUUCUCAACUUUACCCGUAAAGAGGUUGAGUCUUUAUUGCAUUUUGUUGAGGAAGAGCCUGAGAAUGAAAAAAUCUCUCUUGAAUCCAAAGAAGAUCUUGAGUUGGUGUUGUUCCAGGCCUGUCGUUUGCACCCACACCUCAUCACCAAGCCACCUUUCCAACACGAGUCUCUGCUGGUGGACCGCAAGGAAUCCAAACUGACCAAAGCAGAAAAAAGGGCAGCAAAGAAGAGCUAUGAGGAUGAGAAACGAGCCUCAGUACCUUAUUCUCGUCCCUCAUAUGCCUCAUAUUAUCCAAACAGUGAUCAAGCACUUGCAAAUAUACCUGCAUUUAAUCAACGGGGGUGGCAACCAAUGUUAAGGCCGGAUGAGAAGCCAGUAGCUAGCGUUCGACCAAUUCAAUCAACCCCAAUCCCAAUGAUGCCCCGUCAGGUUGGGAUGGGCCUACCAGGCUCCAGUGGAAGCAUCCCGGUUAACUUCCUGCAGAAGGCUGGAGUUUCUGUGCAGAGAAUAGUCACUACAACAGAUAUUGUAAUACCAGGCGCAAAUAGUGCUACAGAGGUUCAAGCCAGAAUCAGUGCUGGAGAAACCAUUCAUGUUAUAAGAGGUUCUAAAGGCACCUACAUCAGAACUCACGAUGGGAGGAUCUUUGCUGUCAGAUCAGGAAAAAUUAGCCGACCUCCAGUUGCAGUGGCUGCUGUUUCAAGAGAACCACAGGGCCCUCUGAUCCAACCAGUCACUAACGGCUGCUCAUCACCUGUGGAGCAACCACAGCACUCCCCGAGCAGAGAUCCGCAUCCCUCCUCUCCUUUGAGCUCCGACCUUAUCAGGGAGCUGAGCACUUUCUCAGCCCCAGGAAGAGACUCUUCCUCUGGGCUCAGGAAUGAACUGCUCUCCCCGCCCCAUCCCACACCCGCUCCCGGUGCAGGAGGGCACAACCAGAAAAACCAAAACACAGACCUCAACAGACCACUGAGUGAAGACCUCCUGGGCUCCACACUGGACAUGCAUGGGAUAAAGCGCAAAAACAAUGAACCACAAACCAACAUGUAUAGCACAGGGAAACGCACCUCCGCGGCAUCACGUUUUCCUGGAUUUAACAUGGGCUCCAGUGGACUGAGCUUUCCACCAAUGGGACUAAACUCGUCCUCUUUAUUAGGGAACUUAGGACAUAUGAGUCACCCUCUACUGAUGGGCGGCAGCGGGGGGGCUUCUUUUUUGCAGACCCCUGGACAAAACAUGGGGGACCUCCAAACCAUGUUCCCAGGCUCCACAGGCUCAGACCUGCUCAGACAGCCGGCCACAGGGAAUGGGCAUCUCCAAACCCCUUCAUCCUCAGCUUUCUCCUCCACUCCGACCACUAAUCCCUCCACAGCAACAUCUUCCUCACUGUCCUCCAGUUCACUGCCUCCAUAUCUGAUGAACCCCAACAUGACGGGGCUGCUUACUUCUGGAUUUCCCCCUAUUAACUACAGUCAGUCAUUACUUCCUGAGUCUAGGAUGCUCUCCACGCCUCACCUUUCUGGCUCAGGGAGUCUUCCUACUUCUAUCCCUAGUACUUCUUCGUCCAGUUUUCUUUCCCAUUUCAGUAACCCCACUUCCAGUCUGCUGGGGGCAGCUCUGACCCACGCCGACAGGCAUCACAGUGCAGAGAAUGGGGGCAGUAGUUCGGAUGAUGAUGUUAUAGAGGUUAUUGGGCAGUAGGAAAAUCAUCAAAUGUAAUAAAAUUAUAACAGCGUCUAAAAUAAUGCACAAUUGAUAAAAAGUCAGUUUACUUUAAGCUAAAACGCAUAUAAUGAGGACACAUAAAAAUCUGAAGCUUAUUAACUAUGAACGUUAUUAUGGCUUACAGGGCAUUUUCAAUUCAGUAAAAAUCAUCACAGUGGCCAUUAAUUAAUGUUUUAAAUGUGUACCUCUGUAUGUGAUUCACUUUAAGUUACUUAAAUGUUUUCACUUUUCACAUUCACAUUCUACAAUGUACCUAUUUUGGCUGCAUCGGCAAAAAUGAACUGAUAAAAAAGGUAGUUUUCCAAAUAAGUGAUGCAAAUGUCAACACUAAAAUACCUAUUGCUAAAACACAAAACCGGUCUCGAGUUAAACAUAACUUUAUAUAAAAAGGAAGUUCUUUUCAUCCAGGUUGUAUUUAAUUGUAUUUGGAGCCAGGUUAUUUGGCAUACAGGGACCAGCUGUAUCUUUCCAGGGUUUUCUAAGCACAGCUUCUCCUGUUACAAUUUGUAAACGUCUUGUGAUAUAACAAUUAGUUUUAGUUUUGUUCAGAUGUCAUUGGAGAGUUUCUGUGGUGGCUCUUGCACAUAUGUUUAUGGUGUAUUAGUGAUCAAAUAUGUAAUAUAGUAAUCAAAAAACCCAAAGCAACUUAUCUUUUGAGGCUAUUAGAGAAAAUCAUAGCAAUUCAGUAGAUAUUGUUGCAACCCAGUUAAAAUAUUGUGAGUGAAAUACAAGUGAAUAUGUUAAUACUUUGUAAAUAGCAGCCAUUAUCAUUGUUUAUAUUGCAAGGUAAUGUUAAAUGUGUAGAUUUUGGUCAGAGGGGUGAUAUCAUCGCUUGUAAGAACCCAACCCCACUUAUACAUUUUGUUUUCUCUAAAAUGAAUGUAUUUAGGCAUUUGUAACCUGGGACAGUCAGACUAUUAUAGCCUUAAAUUUCGAAGGGUACGCCUUGUUUUUUUUCUACGUCUGUGGGACAAACUACUGAGCAUUGAGAUGGUGCUGAACUCAUAAUAAAUACAAUUAUUCAGCAAAGAGGAAAGAAAACCAUCAGAAACAUGAACAAAUCUUACCUAAGCUGUUAAACCAUUGGUGCGGCCUAUGUUUUCAAAAAUCUAAAGUUGUAGCUGCCUGACAUUGAAACAUCAUUACAUUGAAACACCACUCAUGACAUUUAGGUGGUGGUGUGGUGGCCUUACCAAACUAACAGUGCCAUUUCGUGGUAGCGUUUCACUGAGAUGCACCCUUUUCAGAGCAGUGCAGUGUUAGUAGCUUCUGUCAGUGGCGUCACGUGCCGGUCUGCGAUGCUUAGAGAGGUCUGUAGGUCUUUGCUGUUCUCUGUAGCAUUGUGUUUCUGUGUAGUGUGACUUAGAGAAGUUACUUUUCCUCGUAUAGUGGAAUAGCCUUUAGGAGAACACUGAGAGAGUUAUUCUAAAAAUCAUUCCCACAUAUAUAAACGAUUUUGUACAAAUACUUAAGUUCCAGACCAGUUUAGUUUGUACUGGCAUUUCCUUUAACUUUUCUAUCAAGGAUACCCCCAGAAUGCAUAAGCAUGUCUUUGUCAGAUUUUGUGAUGACAUUUGACAGUAGAAGUGAUAUUUGAAAAUGAUCUGCUUGCGAACUGUACAGACAUUAAGUGUCCCCAACCUUAAUUUUGACCUUCAUAGAUUAAGUUGGACAAGUUCUAAAAAACAACGCUUUUUAAUGUACCAUUUGUCACUUACUGUUGUAUGUUUUAUAGUAAACUGUCCUUUUUUUAAAGUGUUUUUAUAACUUUUUAUUGGUGUUUGCUCACCUGUAUCUCCUAUUUUGUUUGAGAUAUUUAUUUUGAUUGCAAAGUUAGUAAUGCCAUUUCUAUCAUGUUUAUUUGAAUCCUGCAGGCAAAUUCAUUGAAUUUCUGAACACAGUUUAGAUCAAUGUAGAAUUAUACUGUGUUAUCAAUAUUAUUUUAACAAUAAACAUGCUCCUAUUGCAAUCACA